AUGACAGACUUGAGCUGGCAAGAAACACUAGCGAAUGAGACCGAUGCUGGCAAGAAAGAGUGGAUGGCAUUGGAGCGUCGAUAUCAUUUGAAGCUGAUUGAUGAGGAUACUACAACGCUAGACAAGCGUUUGUGUCUUUACUUGAGUCUGUCCGAUCCAGAGCUGCCAACACGACUCAAGGGCCAAGUGGAACUAACGAUGACAAUACCGAAAAAUUAUCCUAUUGAUGCUGUUCAAGUGGACUUCACACAGUGGAAUAGCCGUCUAUUGGACUCGCAAGUCAAUGCAUUGAACAAAGCGGUGGCUGCUCGAGCUCAGCAGCUUUGUGGUAGUUUUUCGCUAAGGAAAUUGCUGACUUGGAUCGACAAUAAUUUGUGGCAGAUCAUUGCACCAUUCGAAAUAUAUACUGAACCAAGUCAAGACGUGAUAACCAAUCGCAAUGGCCAGAAUCACGAGCUAGAGACGUCUGUGGCUGCAAUGGAUGUACGUGCACCAAGUGAGAAGAAACCGAAAAGGAGACGAGGCCAACGGCUGUGUCGUUUCUUUGCAAAAGGUAACUGCAGAGAUGGCGUGGUAUGUAAAUUUUUGCAUCAGAAAAAGCAGGACAAGCCAGUGGUGUGUGCAGUAUUAGAAGGUUCUGACGUUGUUAAAAUGUCGGCAUUCCGGGACGUUGAUGCAGCACUGCCAUCUGAGACGUCAAAGCAGGUGGUAGUACUACCUGCGGUGAAGAAGAAGAAAACUCGAAUGCGUACAUGCAAAUAUUUCACACAGAACAAAUGUCGUGAUGGAGACAGCUGCAAGUUUUCUCAUGAGGUCAAGAGAGCUGGAACACAAAAUAGCGGCCAAAAGCAAAAACCUGAAAGCUUGUCUCGUGCAAUUGUCGUGCAAUUGGGUGCUCCGGCUGCAAGUGCAGUUGGAUCAAAGGAUGGAAAAUUAGUCGCAAAAGCGGAGAAUGAUUCAGUAGUCUGCAAUAUUGAACGUAUCGGGAGUCGUAGUGACAUUAGCAAUGUGUGGUCAGAAGCACAGCAGCGAGCGCUUGAUAUGGCAUUGAAAAAGUAUACAGCAUCAAUGGACAAGGAGGCGCGAUGGACCAGCAUCGCGAAUGAGGUCGAUGGUCGGUCCCUGAAUGAGUGCAUCGACCGCUUCAAGGCGCUAUGUGAGGUGGUUCGUCGCGGUGUAGAUCCUAUUGCAGUACUUGAAAAAUUGCAACAGCAUGAAGAAAUCGCAAAGCUAAGCGAACGUGAGGCGUAUGUUCAGAACACGAAGAUCAUUCCAGUUGAACAACGCGUUACAAUAAUGACUGAGGGUGAAAUGAAGGGAACUCCAAUUCGCCUCGAAGAUCUGUUUCUGCACAAAGUUGGUACCCUUGUUGCGCAUCGACUUGUUUGCCAGAUUCAGUGUGACAAUUGUCCUUUGAAGUUCGAUGCAAUUUUGAGUUUGGACUUUGCUGAAAUCCAGAAAUGGUGCCCACGGUGUAGUGUGCUUCAUCACGUGCUUAUGAGGCCAGUGUUUGCUCAUUCGCUCAGUAACGUGCUUGCAUAUGUGGAUACAGAGAAUUGUUGUGUCAUUGACAUUCUUCCCACUGAUGUGUUAGUCACGUGCUUGGAAUGCGGGUGUGAAGCGUUGCUGGAGAAGAUAUUGCCACAACAACGAUCCGAGCAAGCUUGCUUUUCAUGUCAUGUUAAACUUGCAGUGAUGGCAAAGCGCUUUAUUGCAGGACAGUCAAAUGGUUCUACCACAAAGCGAAAUAUGUGCGAUGAUUUUGCUGCAAAGGUUGCCAACAUCCGCACGAAAGGAGCUAAGCCAUUCGUAGAAGGAUUUGUUUUGGGACAUCCGUUGCCUCGUAGUGGAACUUGUGAUCAUUACAAGCACUCGCAACGCUGGUUUCGAUUCCAGUGCUGUGGCAAAUCUUUUCCAUGCGACGUGUGCCACGACUCAAGCGAUUGUCCAGAAGCUAAUUUUGGUAAAUUUGCAAGUCGAAUAAUUUGUGGUUUGUGUUCGAAAGAACAAUCGAGCUCGGUCAAAAUGUGCUCGUGUGGCAAUGACUUUGUUACAAAAAAGUCAACCGCUCGUCAUUGGGAAGGCGGUGCUGGAUGCCGCGAUGCUUUACAUAUGUCACGCUUGGAUAAGCAAAAACAUCGUGGUCAGAACAAGACGGAGAGCAAAAAGUCCAAUCGGGUUGGUGUAGAAGCCAAAAAACGUCGAGAAAAUGCCAAAUGUCAAAGCACAUCCAUAGUUACUUGA